AUGCCCCGAGGAGCUCUAAUCGUCAUCGAAGGCCUCGACAGAGCCGGUAAAUCCACCCAAUGCGACCGCCUCGUCACUCGCCUCAAGACUUCCACCCCCACCCUCCUCCGCAAAUUCCCAGACCGUACAACCCCAAUUGGAACCAUGAUUGACGCCUACCUCCGUUCCACCUCCGAUCUCGAUGACCACGCGGUACAUCUCUUGUUCUCGGCAAAUAGAUGGGAGGCGAGUAGUGCCAUCAAAGCAGAGCUGGAGGCUGGUGUGACAGUGGUGGUUGAUAGAUAUAUUUACAGUGGCAUCGCCUUUUCGAGGGCGAAGGGUCUGGACGGUGCGUGGUGUCGUGCACCGGAUGUGGGCUUGCCAAGGCCGGAUGUUGCCAUCUUCUUAGACAUCUCGGAGGAGGCGGCAGCGGAGCGGGGAGGGUAUGGAGAGGAGAGGUAUGAAAAGAAGGAGAUGCAGCGGAAGGUGCGUCAGGAUUUUCUGGAGCUGAGAGACGAUGAGAGGGAUGCUGGAGAUUGGGCUGUUGUUGAUGCGGGACAGUCGGUUGAGGAAGUUGAGGAGAAUAUCUGGAAGGCGGCACAGAAGGGGAUUGAGAGAGCACGGACAAAAGACCUGCGAACGGUCGUGUAA